UUCCAAUUCAAUUAACGUUGAAAGUCGGUUCAGCUCAGUAAGGUUCCGACUGCCUUAUAGAACGGUUGUGCCAUGUGUCCCAUCUGCUGUACGCUGCUCUUUAUAGCAGGGUUUUUGGCCCUGGUCUACAUAUUCCUCACCUGGAACUUUGACUAUUGGAGGAAGCGAGGCAUCCAGACAGCUACCACAUUUCCAUUCGUCGGCAGUUUUCCCAGCAUGUUCACCAAGAAGCGCAACGUUGCCUACGACAUCGAUGAUAUCUAUCAGCAAUACAAGGAAACGGAAAAAAUAGUGGGGGUGUUUACCACACGACGUCCCCAGCUGCUUGUUUUGUGCCCGGAAUAUAUAAGCAAGAUUUACGCCGGCGAUUUUCGCAGUUUCCAUGACAAUGAAAGGGGGAAUUCGGUAGACAAAAGUGUGGACAAGAUUCUGGGCAACAAUCCAUUCGUUCUAAAAGGCGAGGAGUGGAAGGAAAGAAGGGCGGAAAUCACGCCAGGACUAUCUCCCAAUCGAGUCAAGGCCGUAUAUCCAGUGUCGCAGAGUGUGUGCAAAAAGUUUGUGGAUUAUAUCAGGCGUCAGCAAAAGUUGGCCACCUCCCAGGGUUUGGAUGCAAUGGAACUGUCCCUCUGCUUCACCACCGAAGUGGUUUCGGAUAGUGUCCUCGGGAUCUCAGCGCAGAGCUUCACGGACAACCCAACUCCUCUGGUCGGAAUGAUCCAGCGAGUGUUCAACUCGUCCUUCGGCUUCAUCCUCUACAGCGUGUUGGUCAACAUCUGGCCACCGAUUCGCCGGUUCUACAGCGUUCCCUUCUUCACCAAGGAAGCAGAAGACUUCUUCUUCGACAUCAUGAGGCGAUGCAUUAAAUUGAGGCAGGAGAAACCGGAACAGCAGCGAGAUGAUUUCCUCAACUAUAUGCUGAACUUGCAGGAGAAGAAGGGUCUGGAUGCGGCCGAGCUAACUGCUCAUACGAUGACUUUUCUUACUGAUGGUUUUGAGACCACUGCUCUGGUGCUAUCCCAUACCCUAUUGAUGCUGGGACGUCAUCCCGAGGACCUGCAAAAGGUGAGGCAGGAGAUUGGCAGUAAAGAACUAACCUUUGAACAGUUGACCGAACUGCCCUAUUUAGAGGCCUGCAUUCAUGAAACCCUGCGAUUGUUUUCACCGCAAGUGGCGGCCCGAAAACUGGUAACCGAGCCCUACGACUUUGUGAACAAGAAUGGUGUUACCUUGCGAGUGAAUCCUGGGGAUGUGAUCAUCAUUCCAGUGAAAGCACUGCACCACGAUCCACAGUAUUAUGAUAAUCCACAGGCUUUUAAGCCGGAGCGAUUCCUAGAAGUCAAUGGCGGUGUAAAAAAGUAUCGGGAUCAGGGAGUAUAUCUUCCCUUCGGCAAUGGACCGCGCAUCUGUCCAGGCAUUCGAUUUGCUCUCACUCAACUUAAGGCAGCUCUAGUGGAAAUCGUACGAAAUUUCGACAUUAGUGUUAAUCCCAAGACCCGAUCGGAUGAUCGACUAGAUGAUACAUUUUUCAUGGCCACUUUGAAAGGUGGUAUUUACUUAGACUUUAAGGAGCGAUAAUAAAUCGGUUGAAGUUCCUCAAUCGAUAUAACUAAGAUCGUUGAUAAGAUAGUAAGCCAAUUAA